AUGGAAGCGGAAAAAUGUAAGUUUGGCGGGUUUUGAUAAGGUUUUGUUGUCUUAUCCAUGGUUAAUAUCUUAUCUGAUGAAAAAGACCUUUUGAUCAAAAAUGGUUAGUAAGCUAUUGUAGAAUAAGUAUUAUAAUUUUGGCUAAUUUUAUAUCAUUUAUAUGUUCGUUCGUAUUUUACAAUCUCUUUUCUACAGAGCGAAACCUGACACAACCGUUUAUUUUCGCGUCAACUGUCUCUUUGUGGAAAUUUUCAUAAUUUUCGAAGGAAAUAAAAUUUUCGCGCAAAUCCAGGUCGAAGAUGGAUAAUAUAUUAUGCAUGGCGACCUUUUCACCCACAAACCCCACUUUAGAACCGUUCAACGACCUUUUUUUGCCUUUUUUAAAGGACUUUUCUUCGGAAUUUUCGUUCGUUUUCUUGGCAACUUUUAUUGUUUUUUGUUAAUCCCAUGAAGAAACGAGGAAAUUGGAGACCGAAAACAUUGUUUAGAUGACCAUUUUACGGCUUGAUAAUUAGUGUUGAUGGCUAAUUUUGCGGUUUUUAUCAAAUUUUUGUGGUUUUUGGUUAAAACGGUUUAGUGGGUGCAUGUAGGUAACGCUUUUUGAUGUAGCUAUGUGAAUUUUGGACGGAUGUGUUUGUUUUUUAUUUUUUCGAACAGAGAAAAGGCUUGUUUAGCUGUUGUUUACAAAGUCUCACAUUGUUUUUAAGGGUUUGGCAGUUAUUUUGGCGAUUAUAUUCUUCAUGGUUAUGUGCAAUAUGCUUUGUCGAAAUUUAGCAUGAAGUCGUUAUUUUUAUCAAACAUCUUGUGGUUGUCUAAUACAUCUUUAUGUUUACAAGCUUCUAAAGUAAUUUUUACGAUCUUAAAACUUUUACGUUAUAAUUUUUCAGUACUUCCAAACAAAGACCCACUGAACGAGCUGCUAGCCAUGGGCUGGCUAGAUCAUCUAGCUCCAGUGGUCACCAGUGGCGUUCUGAUGCUCGCCUGUUGGUCAAUCGGCUACUAUGGUUUUUCAGUGAUUUGGAUUGGGAUUUUGACGUUGUUAUACUUUAUUAAAACACGGAUGUGGGUAACGAGACAGGAAGCUCGCUUAAACAUGAGGAAACAGAUUCUUCGAGAGCGGGGGUUGAUUGGAGUAGGUAGUACAAGUGAUGAAUUGCCUAGCUGGAUACGGUUUCCGGAUACAGAGAGGAUAGAAUGGGUGAAUCAGGUAAAUUUUGUUAUUCUUUGUUGGUUUUUAGGUGUGACAAGAUUAAUACGUGCAUAUCGGGGCGGGAAGUCGUUAUAGAAGGUUGAUUCUUGGUUUGAAAGAUGGACGAGAGUCUAUUUUAUCUAAAGCACGUUUGAUUUUUAAGUUUAAAAUAGAUUUUCUUUUUUUUUUAAAAACAACAUACUUUUAGGUACUAAGACAGCUAUGGCCGUUCAUCUCACAGUAUUCAGCGCAAUUUAUGCGUGAAUUCAUUGAACCACAAGUACUGGAACAGAUGCCAUCUCCAUUCAAGUCGUUUAAGUUUUUGGACAUUGAUAUGGGCGAUAUGCCUUUCAGAGUCAGUGGACUCAAAGUAUACACUCAUAAUGUUGGAAGGGAUAGAAUAAUAGUUGAUUUGGACGUUGCGUAUGCUGGAGAUGCUGAAUUUAAGGUCAAAACAUGUGGAUUUACCGGAGGAAUGAAUGAACUUGUAGUAGGUUAUUUUCUACUUUUUUUCCUUUGAUUUUUAGGUUUUGACUUGUUGAUUCAUGGGUUAACUUAACCAAUUUUAGUUAUCUGGUAAAGUCAGAUGUGUGUUGUGUCCACUUCUACCUCAGCCACCAAUGAUUGGAGGUUUUUCGGCGUCUUUUGUUGAGUUACCUAAAUUCGACUUCAAUCUUACUGGAAUGGGCGAUUUUCUUCAAUUGCCAUUGUUAAUCGAUGCCAUUCGGUCUAUUAUAAAUGCACAGAUGGCCAACUUGUGUGUUUUGCCAAACUCGAUUGUUAUUCCGUUGGUUCCGAAUGUCAACGUGACGAAACUGAACGUGCAUAUACCUGAUGUAAGUGUUUUGAUGUUUUUGAUAGGUUAGGUUGGUUGCUUGUUGUUUUUGAAGGUUUGAUGAUUAUAAAAAGGUAAAGUGGAGUUUUCUUGUGGUAAUCAAUGAAAUGGUUUGUACAAAUUUUUUCAAUUUUUAAUUUUUUGAGAAAAUUUUGAUACGCAGGUAGCAUGGAUAAUAUAAUUUUAAAUAAAUACGAAGUAGAUAGUUUUAAAUGGUUUCAUUGUGUAAAAUAACAGAAAACUGGUAUUUUAAAAGCGUUUUAGGUAUAAAUUGUUUAGGUUAAAGAACAUUAAUAUUAUGUUUUAACCAAUUUUGGCAGGAUGCAUAGCUGUGAUGUAUAAUAUAAUUUUCUUUAUAUUUCAGGGAGUUUUGAGGAUAAAAAUAGUUGAAGCACGUAAUUUGGAGAACAAAGAUGUGUCAUUUCUUACUAAAGACAAAAGUGAUCCGUACUGUGAGGUGCAGCGUAAGUUAUUCAAGUUUUUUCAACUACAUCAAUAUUUUUUGAAAAUUUGAUAUUGGACUAAAAAACGAGGUUUUUUAUUGAAAAAUAUAUGGAUAUACAAGGUCUUUUGGUAUGAAAAGGUGCGAAUUCAAUGCUCUAUCACAUCUUUUAAAGAUUUUAGGUAUUAAACGUAUGUUAAGUCUUAUAUGACCUUAUUUUAGUCGGAUCUCAGCUGUUCAAGACCCUAACGAUCAAUAAUAAUUUGAAUCCGGUCUUCAAUGAGUAUUUUGAAGCUAUUGUGGAUCAAGCCGCUGUUCAGAAGAUACGGUUGAACAUGUUUGAUGAAGAUACGACAAGACAGGAUGAGGAGUUGGGAAGGCUUUCGAUUCCAUUAUCUUAUGUUAGGAAACAGAAGGUUGUUUCUAAGGUGAGAUAGGGCUUUUGAUAUUUGAAAAGAUUGUUUUUUUCAUUAGGUACGGGGUUUUUAAAACCUAAAAUAGUGCUUUCGAUACUUAAAAUGGCAUCUUUGUUACUUAAAAUGGUAAUUUUGAUACUUAAAAUGUAUUUUUGAUACUUAAAAUAUUAUUUUGGAUGCGUAAAAUGUUCCUGUUAUAUCCGUCAGGUUCUAAAAUGUCAUUUCUAAUGGUACCCAUUUUUCAGUGGUUUCACCUAGAAGCCUGCAAGCACGGUGAAGUAUACAUCAAACUCUUCUGGUGCGAUCUAGCCCCAAGGCCACCAGCUACAAUUCCGAAUGACAAUGAAUGGCUAACAGCCAACAAAACCGUCCAUACUUUGUUGUUAAUGGCAUUUGUGGACAAUGUUAGAGAACUACCCUACCCCAAGGCCAACCUCGAACCAUCACCCAUACUUGACUUCACCAUCGGAAAUACGACACAAAGAACGCCGGUCAAAGUGAAAACGGUCAAUCCUGUGUAUCAGUUCAAAUGCUACUUCUUUGUUCAGAAUUCGGAGGUCAAGGAGUUGACUAUCAAGGUAGGGGUUGUUACUUAAAAUUUUAUUUUUGUUAUUUAAAAUGGUUCUUUUGUGACAAAAAAUGGUACUUUUGUUACCUAAAAUUUUUUUUAUUUAAAGCGGUACUAUUGGUCCAAAACGUUGCUUUUGUUACCUAAAACGUUAUUUUUGCGCGUUUCCUUAUCUAAAAUGAUACAUUUUGAACCGAAAAUGAUAUUUUGUUACCUAAAAUUAAAAACUUGUAGGCAAUUGACUCAACAACAAGCAAGCUAUUGGGAGAGCUGAGCAUUUCCCUAGGUUAUCUCAUGGAACAACCGGAUAUGGAAGUGUUUGACAAAGUGUUUCAACUCAGGCACGGUGUCAGUGUCAGCCAUAUUACACUGACUUUGAGGGCGAGGGUAGGUUAUUUUUUACUCUUUUUACUUAAAGUGUUAGCACCUCAAAUUGUACUUUUGUUACCUAAAAUCAUAAUUUUUGACAAAAAAUGGUACGUUUGGUGCUUUAAAUGGGUACUUUUGUUACCUAAACAUUUGUUCAAAACGCCGUUUUUCAGUAUAUUGUACCAUCGGACUGUGAUGUAGUGAACGCAACAACCAACUCCGACGACAUCAGCAUGUACGCUAAUGCUUCACACAUCGAACGAGCCUACGAUACCACUAACAACAACGUGUAUACGAAGGAGAAUGGCAAAGAUGUGGUAGCGACAGAGCCGGCCAAACAACCCGAACCAGAUCCGAAACAGCAUCCAGAAUCUAAGAAUCAACUGAACACUAGUCGGUAUCAGACUCUGGAGAGGAAGGCCAGCUUCGGCAGUCAGUCUAGCUUCAAAGAGAAGAAGUUGAACAAGUUGUUGAAGCCAAAGUUUAGGAAGUAGGUGCUUGGGGUUGGGUUAUAACUUUAGAUUCUUUCGAUGGAAAGGUGGGGAUGUGUGGGAUACUGUAGUUUUUUUGAUACUUAUGGUGGUUGUUGAUUUGGAAGGUUACUGUAGCUUUUGUGGUUUUGGGCUCAUGGUGAAGGUAGAGGGGGAGGGGUACCUUAGUUAAUGAAAAUAGUGGUUUUGUUACCUAAAAUGGUACUUUUGGUAUCUAAAAUGGUGUCAUUGUUACCUAAAAUGGCACUUCUGUUACUAAAACUGGCAUUUUUGUUAUCUAAAAUGGGACUUUUGUUUCUUAAAAUGGCAUUUUUUUACUUAAAAUAGUACUGUUCUUACCUGAAAUGGUACUUUUGUUACGUAAAAUGGUGCUUUUGUUAUCAAAAAUUGUAUGUUUUAAAAUUUUGUUUUUACGUGAACUCGCGUCUUUCUUCCCUCGAAACCCCUGCCCACCUAAACAUCAUUAAUAGAUUUGAAAAAAACAAAGUAAAAAUGAGUUGUAAUAUGAUUCAGCUAGCUUUUAGUAACCGUAGUCGAAGCAUGGCCAAGUUACUGAAACCGGUAACGAAACGGCACCAGUUGUAAGUGCGAGAGUGUAUCAUUAACUAACAUAAUAGCAAGAUUAAUACGAAAAUUAAAAUGACAUUCUUUUUGUUGUGUUUUAAAGGGAAAUGAAGUGGAUAUUGAGUUGAAAUGUUUGAGUUAAGCUUGUGGUUUUGAAAUUUUAUUUUGGAAUGUUUUGAAGGUAUUAACUUCGUAUAUUUACUAAAAUACCCUGUUAAUCAUGCUAAGAUACAUUCAUGGCCUUACAAUAGCUUUUCUUUUGAUUUAUAUAGCUUUCCCUAUACUUAAUAGUGUGUGGGUGGCCUAUAACUAUAACGAGGUCAGGGACGUUGCUACAGACUUUUUCCUCAGGGACGACGUUCCUGAAUGAAAGUGUAAUAUAACAUGAAGUUCAAUUGACUAAAUAGUGAUAAAAACUGAUUUCAGAGCUCAAAGAGACAGCACAAAACCAGUGGGACGGCUUCAAAUCAACCUAAAAUACGAUGAAACAGCUCAUAAAUUGAUCGUGGACCUUCUAUCAUUAGAGUGAGUUUAGCCUUCUAUUCUUCGGGUUGAAAUCGAAAAAGUUUUGAACCAAAUGGCUUUAACAUAAGAUUCUUUUUACUCGUCUUGCAAUCCAUAUCUUUCGUUGCGGGACUUAUGCUGGGCUUCUGAGGCUUUGGUUUGGGCUCUGCCUUAGGGCUUAUGUGUGCCGGAUAGGGUUUGUUCAAAGUUGCUUCGUUCGGCUUCAUAUAAAUCGCUUAAAAUAAUAACUAAGACAGUUUGUGUCGUACUGCUGGCCCGGCUUCUUUCGAACUAGCGUUAGCUCGGUCCAGCUCAGCAUAGGGCCGGGCCUAAUAAUCUCACUUUUAGGUGUAAGCCUAUCCUAUUCUCAAUAUUAUCCUUAUAUUAUUCUUACAAAUGAUCUCUUUUACUCUGUGAAACCUCAAACCACAGCAACUUGCUCUUCUGUCCUCUGGUUUACAUUUUUCGGUUAGGCCCAACCCCUUUCUAAUUUGCUUUGACUUGGGGAGCAGUUGGGCUUAAGGGCCUUUUUUUAGGUUUAUGUGAAUAGGAAAUAAUAAAAAAAAUUAAAAAUUUUUUAAUUUUAAAAUUUAAAAAAAUUGAACAAAUUGUCAAAAUGCUACUUUUUACCUAUAAAACCAAAACUUUCAGAGAUAUAUUACCCCUAGCAUCAGAUGGCUCAGUAUUACCCUACGUUCAAGUCAAAUUAAUCCCACAACGAUCGACCAAUGCCAGAGCGAAGAAACGCACGAAUAAUAUCGAGAACGCUGGCCCAGUCUACAGAAUCAACACUGAACUGGAGUUUGACAUUGAUGCGAACGAAGUGUCACAACAUAAAAUCAAGUUCUCGGUCAAAGACUCACUUAACUACGGGGUUUUGGCUCGACCACCAACUUUGGGCGAGGUACUUUUUUUUCGUUUUGUAAAGAAAGUGUUUGCCAUUUUUGUGUUGUAAAGAAAGUUCUUGCUAUUUUAUGGUUUGAAAGAAAAUUCUUGUCAUUUCUUGUUUUGUAAAGAAAGUUAUUGCGAUUUUUGGCUUUGUAAAGGAAGUUCUUGCUAUAUUUUGAAUUGUAAAGGAAGUUUUAUCAUUUUUCGUUUUGUAAAGAAAGUUCUUGUUAAACGUGAUAUAAUUUUAGUCGGAGCUCAUACUAACCAACUUCCAUCCGGCCAAGCCAAUCCUUGGCCAUUGGCUAAAUCUCGAAACUUCACGAGAGUAA